AAGUUUUUCUGCUUACUAGUUAGUACUUAGUAGUUACCUUAAAAAGGUGUUGUUAUAACUAUAACAAUUUACAAUUUUCAAGUUUUUUUUUUAUAUUAAACUAAAAUAAUAUAGCAAAAGAGAUUAUUGCUUAAUUCUGCCUUACACUAAGAGUCUUUUAGUUCUAAAAUUAUCUUAAAUUAUUACCAUUUUUUGUUUUCACUAACAUAUUACAUAAUUACAGUUACCACUUUUGAAACUUCACUCAUUUGCUGAAUACAUAUUAUUUAAUUAUUAGCAUUAAAUAUCAACAUUAUGUCUGAAGCAAAAGUUAACAGCGAUGACAUAGAAAUUGUAUUUCAGCGCCUUAGAACGCUGCCGGCCAAUAAAACAUGUUUUGACUGUAAUUCAAAAAAUCCAACAUGGUCGAGUAUUACAUAUGGUGUGUUUAUUUGUUUGGAUUGUUCUGCAGUGCAUAGGAGCUUGGGAGUUCAUUUGACUUUUGUAAGGUCUACUCAAUUAGACACAAAUUGGACAUGGUUGCAAUUGCGGCAAAUGCAAUUGGGUGGAAAUUCAAACGCUGAAAUGUUCUUCAGGCAACAUAAUUGCAUAUCCAAAGAUGCACAACAAAAAUAUAAUUCUAGAGCUGCUCAACUAUAUAGAGAUAAACUUUUACAAAAUGCUAAACAAGCAAUGAAAACUUAUGGAACACAGUUAUUUUUGGACCAAUCACAUGAAAUUAUUGAAGUGAAACCAGUAGAUUUCUUUGAACAACAUACAACUAAUGUUAAUUCAUAUAAUGACAACUUGAGUAACAAUUUCAUGUCAUUUACUUCUUCUAAACCAGAUAGUGGUGAUACAACUCUUCUAGGAGGUACUAAAAUUUUAAAUGAUGCAGCACAAAAAUCAAUAGAUCAUAAAACUUUAUUAGGAGGACGACAAGCACAUAGUAAAAGAUCUGGUUUGGGAGGAAAAAGAUUGGGUAUGGGUGCUCAGAAAGUGCAUGCUAAUUUUGCCGAUAUAGAAAAAGAAGCAGAAUUAGCUGAUAAAAUGAAAUUUAGCGAACCAGAAAAAACUGAAAACUUAGAGAAAUCCAAUAAAGACCAAGAAACUCAAAUGUCAUCAAUGAGGUUAGCCUAUCAAGAUUUAAGCUUAAAGAAGAGUAAAGAAGAGGAAAAAUUAAAACAAGUUGACCCGAAGAAAGCUGCUCAAUUAGAAAGACUUGGUAUGGGAUUUACUUCAAAAAAUAUUGUUAGUCAUUCAGCAUUAACUGAUAUGAUGACACUUGAUAAAGAAGUAAAAAAACAAACUUUAUUAGAUCAUAAUGAAGAUCAAUUCUAUGAUUGUUUUGAUGAUGCUAAAACUCCUGAACUGAUUUUAAAAAUGAUGAAUAAAAGUCGUCAAAUUACCAGUGAUGAUUUUAUGGAAUUUGAUGAUUCUAUUAGAAGUUUGAAAUCAUCCUAUUCGCCACCCAACAUUGAUGUCAUAAAAAAUGAUUGGGAUAAUAUUAAACCAGCAAAAAAAGUAAACAAAGAAGCUGAAAAUGAUCAUUGGGAUUCGCUUAAUGAAAAUUCUAAUAGAAGACAAGGCAGAAAUAAUAGAUCAAAUUUUGUGCCUCAAUCCUCAGAAAAUAAUGAAGCUUUUAAAAAAUUUGGUGGUGCUAAAUCAAUAUCAUCCACCCAAUAUUUUGGUGAUAAUCAAACACAAUCCGAGAAAUCAAAUCUUUCACGAUUUGAAGGAAGUAAUAGUAUUUCAUCUGCUGAACUAUUUGGGAGAGAAGAAAUGACAGGUGUAAAUUCUACAUACCAACCUCCUGAUUUAGAUGAUGUCAAAGAAAGUGUUAAACAAGGUGUAACAAAAGUAGCUGGUAAAUUAUCAUCUCUGGCUAAUGGCAUGAUGUCAUCAUUUCAGGAAAAAUAUGGAGGUUAUUAAAAUUUUUGAUUCAAUGCAUACAUAUUGAAAUGUCUAAUAAAUGAUAUGAUUGUGUUAAAUGUUAAAUGGAUAUAUUUUGUAAAUAAUUAUUUCAUAUUAUUAUAUAAGUAAUUAAAUCAGUUUAUUACAUUGUUACAGUAAACUAUAAAGGUCGUUUACUUAUGUUCAAACAAAGUGUUAGAAAGUUAUUUUGUUUGACAAUUUGU